AUGUGUGCGACAGGAGUUGUCAUUUUCCUUGCAAGCGUAGGCUCCGAGACAUUGGCAGCCCGUUGCGGGGGAAACGUUCGGGGCCGGCCUAAAAGUCAAGAUGAGAUAUCAUCUCUGACUAAGACUCAUGACGCCAGUAUCAUCUCUUUUCAGCAUAAUCAUCUUGAAAGAGACAUUCGGUCGUGGAGUCAAAGUAGACGAUUGGUGAUGGACCGUUUCCGGGAGAUGCGGGUAAGGAGAGACAUGCAUGAGGGGGGAAUGGACCUUCAGGGACCAAAGUUUUGGUGGUGGGAGAUUGUGAUGGGUCAGCCAGGUGAUUGGCCCAAAUUGUCCAUUAAAAGGCCAAUGAAGGACGGGGAGAGGGAUCGCGCCCCUUCCUGCCCAGAAGUCCAUUUCGAAUAG